AUGCCCGGACGCGCAAAGCAGGGCGGGAAGGCGCGCGCCAAGGCCAAGACGCGCUCCUCGCGGGCCGGGCUGCAGUUCCCCGUGGGCCGCGUGCACCGCCUGCUCCGCAAGGGCAACUACGCCGAGCGGGUGGGGGCCGGCGCGCCCGUGUACCUGGCGGCGGUGCUGGAGUACCUGACGGCCGAGAUCCUGGAGCUGGCGGGCAACGCGGCCCGCGACAACAAGAAGACGCGCAUCAUCCCGCGCCACCUGCAGCUGGCCAUCCGCAACGACGAGGAGCUCAACAAGCUGCUGGGCAAAGUCACCAUCGCGCAGGGCGGCGUGCUGCCCAACAUCCAGGCCGUGCUGCUGCCCAAGAAGACCGAGAGCCACCACAAGGCCAAACACCUUCCAAGCAAGCACCUGUGGAGGGCCUGCAGCAGAGCCGUGCCACAGUGAGAACCCGUGCAUGAUGCAGCCUACGCGAUGGGCCGACACAACCUGUAGCAAAUAACAGGUGCUGGUGAUAAAAUUCCCAUGUGAAGGGCACCUUGCUGCACCAGGAGGAAGAAACAUUCUUAUCACCAGGGACAGGAAGUUGAGGCUGAGAGAAAUCUGGACAAAAACAAACAAAUGACUCAAAAUACCCAACUUACUAAACUAACCCUUUUCUUCCAAGUCACUUUUCCACAGUUAACUGCCUUAGCCCCAACCCCUCUGUCUGGUCACAUCUUCAUGUUGGUCCAAACUGGUGUGUAAGAGUUGAUUCUUGGGGUCUUCACUUUUUUGCGAGGGCUCCCAUGUACAUGUACACUCCACCAUGUGCUGGUGGAGUGUAGACAGACUGGAGAACAAAUGGGACUAAUUAGAC